GUGCAGAUGGCCAGGGCGUGCUGUGCAUGUUACUGUGCAAGCAAUUCAGCAGGGCUGCUGCUAAACCAGCUUUCUCAGCUCUGGGUGCUGGGGCUUGUCUCAGUAACAAGCCUCCAUGUAACAAACGGAUCUCAGCAGAGUGAACAACAUUGCAGUAAGCAAGCUGUUUUCUUCACCCUCACUCUGCUCCCCUUGCUCUCCAAAAGUUACAAACUGUGUUUCCUUCCUGAUAAACUUCAAGGCUUCCUCACUGAUUGGUCUCAGUUUGGGAAAGGACGUGACAUCAGCAACUUUGCAGACUUGGGGCUGAGGGGCUGUUGUGGCCUUUGGCCAGCCUCCAGUCAGCUAGACCGUCUGACCAGGACGUGUGCAGCUCAGCCAGCCACAGGACUGGAAUUUCCCAGGAGCAGGGGGAGCAUGGAGUUUGGACUUUGCUGAGCAACUGAAGUGGAGCACAGAGCUUGCUGGCUCAGGAGAACACCAUGGAUGGCGAACGAGGGGGCAGGAACGGCAGCAAGCCCCUGGGGCCAGGAGACUCUCCUGACACCAGGCUCCUUUCAAACCCAUUGAUGGGCGAUGUUGUGUCUGAUUGGUCUCCUCUUCAUGAAGCUGCGGUCCAUGGACGUCUUCUUGCUCUGAGGAACCUCAUCAGCCAGGGGUGGCUUGUGAACCUCAUCACAGCAGAUCGUGUUUCCCCGCUCCAUGAAGCCUGUCUUGGAGGUCAUCCCUCUUGUGCAAACAUUUUAUUAAAGCAUGGAGCUCAGGUGAAUGGCAUGACAACAGACUGGCAUACUCCCCUGUUUAAUGCUUGUGUCAGCGGCAGCCAGGAUUGUGUGAAUUUGCUUCUGCAGCAUGGAGCCAGCCCCAACCCUGAGAGUGAUCUGGCAUCCCCCAUCCAUGAAGCUGCUAAGAGAGGCCAUGUGGAGUGUGUUGAGUCUCUUGUAGCUCAUGGGAGUAACAUUGAUCAUAACAUCAGCCACCUGGGCACUCCGCUCUAUUUGGCUUGUGAAAACCAGCAGAUUGCCUGUGCCAAGAAGCUUCUGGAGUCAGGAGCAAAUGUAAACCAAGGCAGAGGUCUGGAUUCCCCUCUUCACUCAGUGGCCAGGACGUCCAGUGGGGAGCUGGCCAGUCUGCUCAUGGACUUUGGAGCCGACACCCAGGCCAAGAAUGCUGAAGGCAAACGUCCUGUGGAGCUGGUGCCUCCGGAGAACCCCCUGGCCCAGCUCUUCUUGCAGAGAGAAGGUGCUUCUUCUUUGCCUGAACCUAAACCUUAAUCCAUAGAGACUCCUUUCGGCUCUAGUAAGAGGGCCCCCUUCUUUGAUGCAGUUAUGCCGCCUUAGAAUUCGGAAGUGCUUUGGAAUCCAGCAGCAUCAUAAGAUAACCACACUCGUCCUCCCAGAGGAUCUGAAACGGUUUCUACUACAUCUUUAAAUGCCUCAAGGGAAUGGGUUGACAAACAGCAAGAACACAUUGUUGAGUGUUGUAGCCACUGGAAUUUUGAAAUAAAGUUGGGUUUAUAAUGUUUGGCUAAUUUUUUUGACUAGAUUUUUGUUUUUAAUAGAAACACUCUGGAGACUUUU